AUGACUAUGCUCAAUUCCAAUACCCUACGCAUCGCGUCUGCGUCCGGAUCCGUGACAGACCGCCGUCAUGGACUCGCGGAGCUGGCUCACAACGAAGAUAUUCAGUUCAUCGUUGGUGAUUGGAUGUCCGAGUACAAUAUGACUACCCGUGGCGGAGCAAAGGUCAAGGGAAACAUGGAAUCGUCGGAGUUCGAAACUUCCUUCAUGGAGUCUAUUGAGCCCGCGCUCCAAGAUCUCGCUGCACGGAAGAUCAAGGUUGCUGUGAAUGCAGGGGCCAGUGACACAAAGAAACUUCACGAUGUCUUGCUUGCUGAUAUUCAGAAGAAAGGCUUGGAUCUCAAGGUAGCCUGGAUCGAAGGCGACGAGGUUUCUGAUUUAUUUCAAGAGGCCGUUCGGGCCGGGGAUGAAUUUGUCAAUCUUACAACCGGUCAAAGGUUAAAGGAUUGGGAUUUUGACCCUAUUUACGCGCAAUGCUACCUCGGAGCUUGGGGCAUCGUUGAAGCUCUCAAGCAGGGAGCCGAUAUUGUCCUUUGUGGAAGAGUCACCGACGCCUCUCCCACAAUUGCUUGCGCUGCUUACCACUACGGGUGGGAUCGACAGGACUUCAACCAGCUUGCCCAUGCUUAUGUAGCGGGUCACUUUAUUGAAUGCUCCACUUACGUCACGGGAGGGAACUUCUCGGGCUUUAAAUCUCUCCCUGGGCUUGGAAUUGAUAUUGGUUUUCCAAUUGUCGAGAUCAGUGCUGCCGGCGAUUUUGUGGUGGGGCUACAAAAAGGCAAGGAUGGAAUGGUCACAGAGAAUACAUGCAAAGCUCAGCUCCUAUACGAGAUCCAGGGUCCGAUGUACUACAACCCAGAUGUUGUGGCCAUCUUGGAUGAUAUUGUCAUUAAACAAAUCGGCCCGAAUCGAGUGCACAUCGGCAAUGUAAAAAGCUUGCAGCCACCUCCAACCACUAAGAUUGGAAUCACAGCCCUUGGUGGUUUUCAGGCCGAGGUCCACUUUUUUCUCUGCGGACUAGACAUUCAGGAGAAAGCCUCCCUCCUGGAAAGACAGGUCCGGAACCUCCUUGACGAGUCAAAAUACCACACCCUCAUAUUCCGAACAAGCGGAUCUUGUGAGACCGAUCCUUCCAGUCAAGAUGCAGCCACCGUGGACGUGCAUGCCCUGGCAGUCGCCAAUUUCGUUCGCCCUUGCACAGACACGAUUAUGCAGAGCUAUCCCGGGGCCACCUUUGCUGUUGAUGCUCGUCAAGCUGCCCCGAAGCCGUACUAUGAAUACUUCGUGUCUAUCUUCCCUCAAGACCGUAUGAGGCACAUUUGCCACACCCCUUUCAACGGAAAUAGUAUUUCAAUCGACCCACCACGAGACACUGUGCCAUUUGUCCUUGAUCAAGCAACAUAUGACACGAAGGCCCCCUUUGAUUUGGGAGUAUUUGGCCCCACCACUCGUGCCCCUCUAGGGUAUGUGGUGCAUGCUCGAUCCGGUGAUAAGGGAUCCGAUGCCAAUGUCGGCUUUUUCGUUCGGCACGAGGACGAAUGGAAUUGGCUGCGUUCUUUGUUAAGUACCGACAAAAUUCGACUGUUACUUGGAAAGGACUAUGUUGGCAACCAAAUCUUCCGCUUUGAACUGCCAAAUAUAUGGGCUGUUCACUUCCUAUUGAAAGAUCACUUGGACCGUGGAGUGGCGUCGAGCUCUACUUAUGAUGUCCUAGGUAAGAAUGUAGCGGAGUAUUUGCGAUCUAAAUGGGUGGAUAUCCCGACUCAGUUUCUGGCUCGUGGAAGGAUUUAG